AUGAUGGGCGCCUACAAAAAUGUAAUCCGCUUCACCAGCGACGCCACCGCCCUCGAAAAGAUCCUUCGACUCUUCCAAUCCAUCUGCCAAAUCUUCGCAGCAAACGCCACAUCCCUCGAAAAUGCAACGACAUGGCUUCAUUUACGUGCGCAGUUUGCACUAGGACGCCGGUAUUUCCGCUUUUUCCGCUUCCUGGAAUGUUUUUCGAGGGCGUAUGACUGCUUUCGUACCGUUGAUGGCGUGCGUGGCGUUUUUGCCGUUGGAAAAUGGUCAUGUCUUGGGAGUUAUAUGUUUUUAGAGUCUGUCACUAUUCUUGACGCAAUGGGGUAUUGGGCAACACCUUUAGCGGGAAAUUGCUUGCUGGAAGGGAACAAGUUCUGGUUCUAUUCUUUGGUCUGCUCAAUCCUGUGGGGCUUGUUACAGUACAUGGAUGCAAGUAAUGAGAGGUAUCAGGUUGCAAGCAAGAAGAUGGACGAGGCAACCGGAUCCGCUGCUUUGUCUGACGUGGAAGCAAAAGAUAUUCGAGACUUUGAAGUGAAGCGGAAGGUUAAAAUGGACGGAGUUAAGACGAAAAUGGUUAUUGAUGGUUUCGAUCUUCUAAGUCCGGGAUUUGUCACUGGUUGGAUCAGAACAUCAGCUUCCGUCGUGGGUUUCUCGAGUGUAGUGAGCACGAUGCUUUCCUCGAAGGAGAUCUGGGAUAGAUUGAAGGAAUGA